AUGCAACGAGCAGCCGAAGGCGAACGCCUCGCAGCCGCUUCGCUCGUUCGCAGGAGGAGUCGGACUCCCGGUCUGCUUACAGCGACGUCUCGUCUUCGCCAUCGCAAAGGCGACACAGCCGGCGAGAAGGGAGAGAACGGAGGAGCGAGGGUAGCCCCGGGGACUCUAUCGAGGGCUCUCGAUGGGCAGAAGGUGAAGAAACGGCAUCUGACGCAGACGUGGAGCCGAGAAGCACGAGGCACCCUCUUGCGCGCGCGACCUGAGGCCGAUGAGGCAGAAGAUGCGCGCGGUCGCUGGCGCCGGACUGCGGAGCGCCGCGGGCGGUCGAGAAGGGACGAAAAAGAGGAGACGCGGCGAGGCGGAGACAGAGGGCGACAGUUGGAACGGCUGUCUUAUUCGUCUCCGGAUUCGGCGGAGAGUGGUGCAGAGCCUCACGCUGCCGCGUCUGUCUCCGUCUCCUACCAUCGGGGCCUCGGCUCCCAGCAUACCGACGGAGAGUACCGGUUACGGCGCGUGGCGAGAGAGAGAGACUGGCAACGGAGGAGAAGAGAAGACAGACGUUCCAGCUCUCCUGCUUCGCUUGACGAAACGGACGACGACCGAAGUGGAUGCCCGCAGCCGUCGAGGCAUCUGAACGCACAGUUGACUGACACGGAAAAAGAAGAACGAGAACACACGGGAGAAGAAUUCGAAAGAGAAGACGUCGAAGAAAGAGAAGACGCAAAGUUCGAGAAGUCGGGAAUGCCUGGAGGCGAAGCGCCCGUGGGCGGGCGUGAGUUCGAGGGCGUGAAAAACCACACGACGGGCGAGGCCGACUUUGGGAUUCCAGAGGGGAGGGGCCAGCUGGACCAGGCGGUCUUCUUCGAGGCAUCUGACUGGUUGGAACAAAUCGAGAAGGCGCACCACUGCGAAGACAUGAUCGUAAUUUUCCAAGCUGCGGUUCUCCAUCCGCGUCUCUCGGGGCCGAUCGUCGCCGCUCUCGCCGCUUGGGCUGUCGCCUGGCUCCUGCCGUCGCUCCUUCCUGCCGCGGCGCCCGAGGCGAAGGCGCCCAGCUGUCUGCUCGACUACGGCGCUGUGUGCGCUCUUCUCCGCCCCUCGUUCCGCUGCUCGACUCUGUUCUCUUCGCCAGACCCGCCGCGGGGAGCGAUGCGCCGAGCAGCAGAGAGAGAGGGACGCGAGAAGGGAGCGGGAGACGCAGGCCGUGCGAACGGAGGCGAGCGGGAACAAGCCGAAGCGCCGACGCAGCCGCCGGCUACAAAGACAGGGGCGGAUCGCCCGCCAGCAGGGAACGGCCGGCUGGUGAGCAUGCGCUGCAUGCUGCAGGCCUUUCUGUUCUCUCGUUCAUCCUUCGCCGUUGUCUUCCUCACCUACUUCUCCUCUUGUCUGGAAGACGACCGCCGCCUGUACUCACAGAAAGCUGCCUCCGCUUCUCUCGGGUCUUCUCUCUCUUCUCCUUCUUCUGCUCUCUCUUCUCUCGCUUCUUCUGCGUCGGGCUCUUCUCCUUUCUCGCCUGAUCCUUCUUCUUUGAGGCCUGCUGCGUCGUCUGCGACGGCCGCCCGACUUCCUUCUGUUUCUCGAGCUGGCCGUCGCAACCCAGCAAGCGCCGGACUUGCGGCGGAGCACACGGAGGAAGGCAACGAAGGCAGAAAGAGAGUCGCGGCCUUUCUCGCUUCGGCCGCGGGAGAUACCGUCUUUGCGGGGAAGAGCGGGCUGACGCCAGGCGUCUGUUCCCAAGAUUUUUUCCUCCUCUUUUCGAAGCAAGAGGAACGCGAGAAGAGGGAAGCCGCACUUAAGCUGAAGCUCGCCGAAGGCCAGUACGCGCCCUCGCUCUUUUUCGCAUUCCCUUCCGCGUCGGCCGCGCCUGCGAAGGCUGUCUCCCCUGUCUCGUCAAGGCCUUGUGGCGCAGGAGACCCGAGCGGCGGGGACGAAGCAGAGAGGACACGAACCCGCGACGACCGAGAAGCCGAGUGCGCCAAGGGGGCGAAGGCGACGGGGAAACCCCCUGACGCAAAGGCGAAGGAGGCAGAAGGAGACGGCCAUGUCACCUCGGCCACGAGCACGGAGCCCCACGCCAAAACGUUUUGCUUCUCUGUCCAGUCUGCCUCCGAAGGCUGCGCGCUUGCACCCUCUUUGACUGCACUGUCCUCGAACGGCCAGUCUCGCUUUCUGGAACGCGUGGCGGCGGAGGCCGAAGCGAGAACCGCCGCGCUCUUCCUGCGUCUUCAGCACUCGCGAGUCUUCCAGGACACGCUUUGGGACGCCCCUCUUCUUCGCGUGUAUAUCCUCAAUCUCGCGGUUGGCCUGUUGCUCGAAUGCCCGUCUUCUCUUUCUGAGGAUGCGACCCGCUGUCUCGUGCCCCACUCGGCGCCGCAUCCCGCCGCUUGUUCGCUUUCACUCUCGGGUCCUUACUCCCUCCGCCCUUCAUGCUCGGCCGCCCCUGGGCCUGCCUCGUCUCCGCCAUCUCCAUCUCUCGAGCCGCACUUUCCCUGCCUGCUCUGCCUGCAAGGCCAGUGCGGCGGGAACCGCCCGCUCUGUGUUUCCCGCAGACGCCUCCUCGGCCCCUUCUUCCUCCUCCUCGCCUCUCCGGCGCGUCUGUGGAGCUUCUACACUUCGGAGGGUUCGCCUCAGGCGGACGCGGCCUCUCUAAAGGGGGCGAAGCCACCCCCUGUUUCGAAACACGAAAACCCCGAAACGAGCGGAAGAGAGAACGAACCCCUCGCGGCCAACGCCCAGACGACAGACCCCGCGACAGACGCGCCUCCAGGCCACGGCCCGCCGCCCUAUUGGACGAGCGCCGAGUGUGGCGCUUUCCCAUCUCUCCCCGCUUUUCAUUCGCCUUCCCUGCGAGAUUUCCUCGCUAGUGUCAGCCGCUCCGCGGAGCAUGUGGCUGCGCGUGUGCGAUCGCCAGAGGCGCGAUGCCCCGCUCUUCCCGCUCUCGCUUCUCCUGCUCCUUUGGUUGCGUCUCCGUCGGCGUCUUCUCUCUCUUGCCACGAGGUCUUCGCCGACGCCGACCAGGCCGCCGGCGUGCUCGACUCGCUUCUCCUGCAUCUCGGCGUCUCCUUGCUAUGGCUCCUGUCUGUCCAAGGCUGUCUCGCGUCUCUCUCCAAAGCUCAGCAGCUUUCGCCUUCUCCCGUGUCUCCGUCUCCUUUUACCUCUUCCACCGGUCUACCGUCUGUGACUAGCGUCUCUCCUCUCUCGUCUCUUUUGUCUCUUUCGCCUUCUUCCCGCCUUCUCGCACGCGAGCUGAGGUCGGCCGCCUUCGCCCUGGUCGAGUGGAUGCGCCUCGUCGCUUGUGCCCGCCAGACAGUCUUGGCUUCUCUCCGUUUGCGGUGUUGUUCUGUUUGGAGUUCGCCCUCCGCGCUCGGCGACCCGACUUCCUUCUCGCCGCUUGCGGCUGUGGGCCUUUCCCUCCUCGGCCUCGCUGCGCCUCUCGCAGCGUCGGUGUGCGACGCGCUCAUGCCUGCCGCGGCGCCGCGUGUGUGCGCAUUUUGCUCGGCGUUUCCGGCCUCUGUAGGGCCUUGGCCAGCGACGAGUCUCCCGCCGCGUGAAGAGCGACGAGGCGACAAAACGGCCAAGGGAGAAGAGCUGGGAAAGAUGCAUGGAGCAGGCGAGACACAGGGCGGGCUCCGGGCAAGCGACGCGCACGAGCCGCUAGAAGAGAUGCGCCAAGCUGCAGAAAAGAGGGCCGGAAGAGACAGUCUGAGGAUCCUCUGGGAUCUCUUCGUGGGUCAGGGAAGUCGUCACCUGAGGGAAGGCGAGGCGAGCGACAACGGCGGCGAUGCGAGGGUUACGCAGGCUGCGCGGGCCGCCUCUCCAUCGUCUGUGCAGGCGGGUGACGGAGAGCAUUCCGCCGCUCCCGUUCCCUCUUCUUUUCCUUCCGCGGCGGGGUCUCGAGAAGUCGCUCUGCUGCACUUGGUGUUUGACGCUCUCACAGGCGGCCCGAGCGGCCUGUGCCUCACUUCGUCGUCCAGCUCUUUUUCUCACUUUUCCAAGUCGAGUCUUUUCGCGUCUUGCGCGUCGACCUCUGGCCUGUUUGAAAGGUCGGUGGCCAGAGGCUUGAUAGGCCUCGACGGGUUGGUGUCGUUGCUGUCCUCGGGAGAAAGCGGCCAAGCCGGAGGGGGACAGGGAGGAGACGCAAACCCAGAGGGCUCUCCCUUUCCCGGUCGUGGCGCGGCCGACAGCCUUUCUCUCUCUCAGCAGGCGCUUUGGCCGCGGGGCUCGGACCUUCCUCUCCGACCUCUCUCGACAGCUGCUUUCACUCCCAGAGACACCCCGAUGGCUGUCUUUCUCCACUCGCCUGCUCCUGCGAUCUACUCGAAGCUGGGGAAGCUCGAGCGGCUCCUGCGUUUCUCGUCCGACUUCACAAAGAGCGCCAACCACAUUCUUCUGCAUGCGGCGUGCCUGCGCAGGAAGGCCGAAGCACGAGGAGUGGGAACGGGAGACAGCCAGCGCGACGCAGAACGCUGCGCAGCCGCCAAGGGCCAGGCGAAGCUCGGUGGCGAAGCCAGGGAGGGGGAGGAUGGCGAGGCUGCGCGCGUCACGUCGCUGCAACUCCUGCGACUGAAAGGGUGCAUGUGUUUACCCUGUGGGGUUGACGCAGUAGGCGAUCUUUGCUGGUCGCGAUUUCCUUUCUCUUCUCGCCCGUCUUCGGUUGUUGCAGGCUCCUCGCGCUUCCUCCCCCCCCUUCCUUUCUCGACGCUGCUUUCUGGGGCUUCCUCGCUCUCGCCGGGCGCCUCUCGCCUACUCCCCUCGCCUUCCGGCGCCGUCACUGCCUCUCUGCCCCUCCUUCUCCCGCUUCCUCUCGCGCUCCACAUUUGCGCCGCCGCUGUUCUUGCCGCGCCUGGGUCGGUUUCUGUCGCUUUCGUUUGCAUCUCAACCUCGCUUUCUUCUUCGUUCGCCUCUUGGCCUGUCUUUUGUGACCCCUCCUUGUCUCUGCCGUCGACUGCUUCUUCCCCUCUGCAGUCGUCUCCCAAUUCUAUUUCUCCGUCCUGUUGCUCCUCUCCGCCCGGCUCCUCGUUCUUGUUGUGGGGAGGCGAGCAAGGCCUGGAAGUCGAGUCGGCGCCAGACGCUUGUCUGCUAACACCUUUCCUCGAAGACUCCGAGGAGAGAGCUGGGCGACGCGAAGCAGGGGUACGCACUGAACGCGCAGGCCAGCACCUACGAGAGGAAACGCGAGGGACUGGCCGAGAAACCGCUGUGUCUCCUGGCGCGGAGAGUCCCGCCCUGCAGAUUCUUCCUUCUCUCCCCUUUCUUCGGCUCUGCAUCUGGCGUAUCCUCCUUCUUCUUCAGGACCGUAGUCUUUCGCCUUCUCUCUUGUCGACUGCUGUUUCCCGAGUGUCUCCUUCCUUUUCGCCCGCGGCGCGCCCGGCUCCCGUCCCCGUUCUUGGCCCCGCGGGGAUGCAGCGUUCAGACAAGGAGCAAAACGCGAAGCACGCAGAGGUAACCCCGACUGCUCCCCCGUUGAAGUCUCUCCUGCCACGAUGUGACCAGCUCGUCUGCGCGAAUCUCUACGAUGUCCUGGCGGCCGAGGACAGCCCGUCUGGCCCCCAGAGCCGUCCGAGUGCCUCUCUGCCGGUGCGCGCUUCCUCGCCCGCUGCGUGGGUCUCCAGUCCCUCAGCUGACGUCGCUUCUCGAGCACCCGGCGUGGAGAGUCCCCUCGCCGAAGCAGCCCGCGUCGUGUUCCCGUCCGCCGCUGCCUCCGGCACCUUACUCUCUCUGCAUUCCUCAGCGCGGUGUUUCCCUUCUCUCGCUUCGGCCCCGUUGUCGCUUCCCAAGUCUCCCGUCGCUGCUGUCGCAGUGCCCGCGACGUGCUGUUUCCUCCUCUUCUCGCGCCUUCUCUGGAGAGAAAUCUGCUCCGACGACAAUCUUCUUCUCGAGGUCGGCUGCUGGCUCUGUCCCGACGGCGACGACGGGGCCUGGGACUUUUUCCUCUCCCCUGCUCUCGACGUCCCUCCACCCCCAGCCGCUCGGCAGAGGGCCUCGCCCUCUGUCUCCUCUGGACGCACCGAUUUGGAGACACUCGAGCACGGCCCUAGGCCGAGCCCCCAAGAGACCCAGGAGGCGCGAGAGCGUCCGCCAGCGGCACGAGCGGCCGUGUUGGCGUCACAGGAAAUCUACGUUUACCGCUCGGAACUCCUGCAGGCUCUCGCAGUCGCCCUCGCAUUUCCGGUGUCUCCCGCGCCUCCACGGCGCCGGGAGAGGUGGCGGCUUGCCAGCAACGCGGGGGGCGCCAGAGGGAAACGCACAUCGAGGCGGCGCCGGGGUGAAGGCCGCGAACGAACGACACAAAGCGAAUGGAGACGCGUCAGCCUCGCAGACAGUCGCGUGGAUGUGUCUGAAGAGCGAAAAAACGAGGAAGAGAUGGAGUCUACCUCGCCUGUCUCGCCGGACGGAGGAGAGAGGUUGCGCCGCACCUCGCGGGAUUUUCCAGUCUCGUGCGCAUCUCCCCGCGCACAGAGAGAUGCUGUUGGGGAGCGCGCGAGACCCGCUUAUGACGCGGAAGACCCACGAGGCAGACGACGGACACGGCCGGGCGAUUUGGGGCCGCACAGGUCUUCUCUGCCGUCGAUCGAGAAAGCUGAGUCCUCGUCGCUCGAAGAACGACAUCCGCGAGAAAGUCGCGCCGGGGUUCGAGGGAGCGGGAAAGGCCACCAGAGCCGAACGCAGCUUCGCGCGUCGCCGGGGACUGGCGCUUCUCUGGGAGCGAGAGACCCGCCACCAGCCGUGACGUCGCCCGCCUUCCUGCUGCGCCUGUGUCGCUUCACAGCUUUCCGAGUGCUGGGCGUCUUCCUCGCGAAACGUGAAAGAGAGGAGUAUGCACGGACGCUCGAAAGCGCGACGCACCGGGCGCUGUGGGAAGAAGGAAAGGCGGAAGGGGAGAAGGUGGAGGGAGAAGCGGCAGGCAGCGGAAAACGCGAAGCGACAGAGGCAGGAGAGGAAGAAAGUGAGAGAGACAGAGAGGAAGAUAGUGACGAAGAAACAGAGCACGUUGACGCCAGGGCGCAUCGGCAGCCAGAAAAGGCGCGGGGACGUGGUCUUCACUGUGGCGGCGCAGAAACGAGGAAGCCCAAGUUUGGUGGUGAGAGAGGGGACGAUUGCGCCGGAGAGAGACGGUCCGGAGGGAGCGCGUUUGGGGCCUUUUGGAAGGAGCCGCGCCCUCGCGUCUCCAGCUCGGAAGAGCGAGACAGGAGACCCGCCACCCCCAGACGCGAAAUAAGCGACGAGACAGGCGGAUCGGCCGCGGAAGAAGACCUCGAAAGCGAGGCAGACGAAAGGAACGCGCGGCGGGAUGUGCACAUGCAUGUUUUGUCUGGAAAAGCGGACAAGACAAGAAUGCGACCUUCCCGCCAUGUGCUGCCGUCUCUGUCUCGGUAUGGCGAUGCGCCAGGACGCGGCAAGGCCCCGCCGAGCCGUCCGUCUCGGGCCUGCAGAGUCUCUCUGGGUGAGCACCUGCUUCGCCUUAAUUUCUUCUCCUUGCCGCUCCCGUCGCGUCCGCUCUUCUCCGUCGACGCACACAUCCGCGGAGGCGAAUCCGAUAGCGGCCAAGUGCCGAAUCGAAGCGGACGCUACACAGUCUCGCCGUUCUGCCUUGGCCGUGAGCGCCACCUAGUGGAAUUCAUGAAGGCUUCUCCCGCCUCCGUUGCUUCGUCUCCCUCGCGGUCUCCCUACUCUUCGUUUCUCGUCUGUUCGUCGCCCAGUGCGCAUCGUCGCAACUCUUCUCACUCCCGAAGCUCCUCGCCUCGUCGUUCUUCUUCCCCUUCCCUCUCUGCCUGUGUAUCCGCUUCAGUCUCUUCUACCUCUUUCGCCUCUGUAGACCCUAGAUCCCCGUUUCCCGCUGUGCAUUCUUCCGCCUCUUCUCCACGGGGCGUUGGCCAGGUGUGCAGGAGACAGGUGGAACCCCGCGACGCCCCGCCGGGGCCUGUUGGCGACCCGUCCCCUUCGUCGCCUGCGUCUCCGUGGCCCGCGCAGGAGAUCCAGGCGCAUGGCCUGGAGUCGUGUCUUUCUCUACUCGACGCGCUUCGGAACGUGGGCGCAGCUCUCGCCUCUUUCGGGGCGCAGAGCCGCGUCGGUGCGCGGCGGCCGAGGGACUGCUGGCAGCCUUCCUUUGCAAGCACAAUCGACCGACUGCUCGAGCAGCUGCUUUUUCUUCUUCUCCCGGGAAACGCGAACCGCGUCGCCUUGGCCAGUGGUCCUGCGGGUCGCCGUUGCCCCUUUUCUCGCGCAUCUGAUUGGGGCGAAGACGCAGGGGACGGCAGCGCAGCCUCCGGUGAGGACGAGCGUGCAUGGCGAAGCGCGAGAAGGCGGGGAGACUCGCAGACGGAGGAGCGCAGGACGGGCGAGAGGAAGAUGGCGCGGCCUGCGAAUGAGAGAGAGCGGAGCGGGCGCAGGCCCACCGAGGACGCGGCGUUCUGGGGCCGAAAAGGCGGAAGUCACAGACAAAGUGAUCGACAGGACUCGUCGGAUACCUAUGACGGCGACGAAAAAGACGACAACUGGACUGUGACGGAUGGAGAGAGACGCCUCGUGAGAGGCAAAUCGGAAGCGACGCAUCGUGUGGGUGGGUCUCCGUCCCGUUGUGUCGCCGCUUCGAAUGCCGCGCAGAGGCUCCUGUAUGACGAUGUAUCUGCGCCGGAGGAGUCCGAAGCAGGCGAUGGGUCGUCCCGGUCGGCGUCGCCUCAGUCUGCAAAUAGAGAGACGUAUUUGCGACGGCAGCCAGCCUUCUCGUCUUCGGGGCCUCCGCUGCCCAGUAACGCUGUACUGCGUCUAAGUCGAGUCACGAAUCCGCUCUUCUCCCCGCUCGUUCUUCACCUUCUGGUGCGCCUGCUUGCCUCGACGUCUGCGCGCGGUCUCCCUGUCUUCUUCUCUCGCCUGGCCGCGCGGCUGGCCCUGUGGCCCUCACCCCAGCUUCUCGGGAGUCUCCUGGAAGAGAGACAAAAGGAGCGGAGGAGAUCGCGACACCGCCAGGAAGGCGGGCAGUCAGAGGCCGAAGGGGCGGAAGCGAGCAAGGCAAGGGAGGACGCAGAAGAGGAGCGAGAAAGAGAAGUUCUCCUUCUGCCUGCGCGAAUGGCUGUUGCCCUCUGUCGCCGGUGCCUCACCGCCUGUGAAGAAGAAGGCCGGCGCUUUCUUCCUUAUGUGUGUGACAGGCAGAGCGACGCAGACAAGCUGGAGAGGAGAGAAACGGCGAGAAAGCGCGCGGGGGAAAGCAAAGAGAACAUUCAUUCCCCAGAAAGCGAGAACGACCUGCAAACGCAGACACUCAACGUCAUCGUGCCUUCCUCUUCGUCCCCUUCUGCAUCGCCGUUUCCUGCCGUCUCUUCCGCGGCUGCCGCUGGAGGUUCCGCUCGCCCCUUUGUGGGGCAAGGCGUGUGCAUUGUGUCGUGGGAAGAGAAGGAAGAACAUGAAGCUGAGAAAUCCCUUUCGCUUCUCACGGACCUCCUCUCGGGUCUUCGCCUGGCUCUCUGGGCGGCGCUGGAGUGCUGGAAAGAAACGACGCUUCACUUCUUUCCCCUGCUCUUCCUACGAGCUCCCGCUGUGGCGAUCCCGGCGGAGUCUCUCCCCGCGUCGCCUGCGCGCUAUGCCUUUGCCUCUUCUCAUCCCGUUCCCGCACCCCUCCAUCCUGAAGGCUGUCCGGGUCCUCUCCACUACGGCGCGACACACUCGGCUUCGCUGACGUUUCCUGUCUCCGCUCCACGACUCGCCAAUUCUGCUUUUGCGCAUUGGCCGUCUCCCUCGCCAGGCGCCCCACAUCGCUCAGUCGCCGGUUCAAAGCCCCGUUGGGAUCUCAGUGACGCGCCCGAAGGCCGGUGGGAGUCUCCGCCGCAGGGUGGGCGCGAGCCUCAGGGCGGGAACGGGGAACGCGGAGCGGCACGCGAGAGCAGUGCACGAGACACAGAACGCGCCGAAGGCCGCGGCGCCCUCCAGACCGCCAUCGAACUCCACGAGAUCUUCGCCGCGCUUCGGCUGACUCUACAGAAUCUCUCCUGUGCCGGUGCGCGCUUCUGUCUCGCUAGGCAGACACAUGCAGAGCCCGACUCAGGGCUGAGUGAACGUUGGGAUUUCAGCAAAAGACAGGCCCUAUGGAAAGGAGAGGUUGAAGUGGAAAUGGGUCGCGGAGAACAGGAGGAAGGGAGUCGGGGGGCGAACUCUGAAAGGGACGGGGACAAAGAAACGGUGGACGCCGUAGGUGAGUGUCCACUUGAUUCGUAUGAUGAAAACACGUAUUCGGUCUCUCGUGGAGGCCGUGAAGCAGACAGGCGCUUCGCGCCGAAAGAAGUGGAGAGAGGAGGGAAGGGGGAAAUGGCGUCUUCUCCUCCUCACGACCAUCCGCGGGAUUCUUCGCUUUCCUCUGAACAGGAUGGACGAGGCCCUCAACACGUGGGGGAGUGGGGUCGCGAAGCGAGGAAACCUCAGAUGCUGAAUGUCGGGAAGGUUGCCCAAGAUAUCCGAAGGCAAAAAAAGCGCUUGGCCCUUCUUCGGACCACUGACGAGUUUGUCCGAAACUGUGUGCAGACAGCCGCGUUUCUGGACCACAUCUCGCGCGCGGACCUGGUGCCUCUCGUUUCCCGGUUCGCGGUUCCUCACCCUGAUUCGUGGCCUUGGCACGAGCCAGCAAGCGAAGAUGGUGCCGUUGCACCAGAGGAGAGCGCGGACGGAAACGACGACGCAAGGGGUGGAAGAGACGGCUCAGACGCUGUGCGCGAAAAGGCAAAAGGGACCGCAGGCCUCGAGGGAACCGGUGCGGCCUUCGGAGAGGGCAAGGGGAUCCAAGACUCAGGAGAGCGAGGGGAACGGAUGGGCGCAGCGGAGACGCACGCGGACAUGGAGGAGGACGUGAGGGGUGCUCAGUUUGCCGCGCGAGAUGAACAGUGCACGGACGCCGACGAGGGCUCGAUCUGCACGCACGCAAGAGCCGAAAGUGAUCUUGGGGGAGGCCCGCAACCUUCCUCCGUUCCCCUUUGUGUCCACCCCACCUCUUCUUUGAGCAGUAGUCAGGUUCUAUCUUCCACGUUUCAGCAUCCGCGUACGGGGAGUGCCGGUAUCGGGUGGGAGGUGGAGAGUCACGGAGACGCGUUGACUCGUACGUGUUUCUCAGCUCCUGUGAACGAGGCGCCAAGCGACGGACACACGCGCCCUUCGUCCUGGUCCGCCGGUGCACUUUCGCGUUCUCUCCUCUCGCGCAUAAGUCUCGAGGCCAGGCAACUCAGCCACCUCCGCAGCCUGCUUGCUCAGGCCUCCCAAAAAGACCUGUCUGGAGAGGACACCGCGGAGCCCGACGGCGCGAGCUCCGAGGCAGGCGAGCGUCGCGCAGGCGACUUUAGAUCGAGUGUCUCUGACGCUCCUUUCAUCGCCUGCACGGCCGUCGUGUCUCAGCAUCAGCGUCAGCAGGAGCGGGGAGGUGACGGGGACAGACGGCGUUUCCUCGAUUUCUCGGAAGGGCGAAAACUCGAGGCGUUGAAGCCGCCGAGUGUAGCGUCAACCGACCGGGGGAGCCCGCCCAGCUCGCGUGGAGCCUUCCUCGAGAAGGAGGGCUCGCAUAUGCCCGCCCAUAUGCCUGAGGUCAGAGAGAAAAAGGAAGGCGAGCCUGGCUGCCGGUCUUCCUCACACUCUUCGUUCGAUCUUUAUGAGAGGAGGGAGAGGAGGCGAUCACGCGACGAAGCCGAGGGAGACAAGGACGAAGAACGUGCGAGGAAGGAAGAGGAAGAAUUCGCGCAUUUAAUGAGUGAACUCAUUGACCCAAACUUCCCAGACCCUAUGAGCGUGGUUGAUGAGGCGCAUCCCUGGCCGUCGCGGCUAUCCGAGACAGACGGCGAAAUGAGCGGAAAGACGAAGGCCCAUUACUCGCCUGCUGACGCCUCCCGCGCAUGCGCCGCGCUGAGGACCCGCAUGGCUCUCAACGGGAACAAACGGAAGAAGCCGAGCUGCAGCGAGGACGCAGGCGCAGAGACGGCGAGAGGCCAGCAGCCGUUUUUCGCUCCAAGUGAACGCGCUGGAGAGUGCGAAGAGAGGCAGCGCGGCCGAACUCUUCUUCGCCCGCGGAAAAUCCGCCCUGUCUGGUUUUCCUUCAUCAACUCGCUCUUCAAUCCUGGCUCAGUUGCGCCGAACUUCAGGCGGGACGAAGCGAAGUGA